GACGUGGAGAGCAAUCAGGCUGCAGAAACAGAGUCUGAGCUGAGCUCAGUCCACACUUUACGGAGGGCUGUCAGCACUGGACGAGUUUGAAGACGCGCCGUUAUUCAUCUGAACCAUCCGGGAAUAAAAGAGGAAACCCCGGGGAGCAGCACGGAGCAGACCGGGGGCACAUGGAAACGCUAUGCAGCUUGAAAUACGGCGGCGGACUUUAUCAUAGUUUCACUCGAGAAGAGGCGAAGUGAGCUGCGAGACAAACAUGCUCACCCCGAUGCUGACCUCCCUGCUGCCUCUUCUCCUCCUCUGUCGGAUUUCUUUCUGCCAAUAUUCAAGCGACCAGUGCAGCUGGAAGGGCAGCGGUCUGACUCAUGAAGGCCACGCCAGGGACGUGGAGCAGGUGUACUUGCGUUGCUCCCAAGGCUCUCUGGAGUGGCUCUAUCCCACGGGGGCCAUCAUUGUCAACCUCCGACCCAACACGGUCUCCCCCGCCGCAGCCCGCCUCUCUGUCUGCAUCAAGCCCUCCGCGGACUCCAGCGGCACCAACGUCUACCUGGACCGUAAUGGCAAGUUGCGGUUACUGCUGCGUGAACAGGACCAAGCUCAGGGCAAGGUGCAGUGCUUCGGUAUCCGGGAGGGGGCGCUCUUCAUCGAGGCCGUCCCACACAUGGACAUCAGCCGCCGGAUCACAGUGUUCCAGUACGAGCUGGUCAGCGACAGGCUGGGAGCAGAGGCACACUCACUGGGUGCACCCUGUCAACCCUGCAGCGACACUGAGAUGCUUCUAGCAGUCUGCACCAGCGACUUUGUGGCACGGGGCAGCAUUAAGAAGGUGGAGCAGGAGGAGGAGCACUCGUCUGUCACUGUGGAGAUCAGCCGCCUCUACAGACAGAAGACCCAGGUCUUUGUAUCUGGGGGUGUGAGGGUACGCCGCUGGACUGGCCACAUCAAGAUGCCCCCUCAGUGUGGGGUGAGGUCUGGUGAGGGUGAGUUCCUCUUCACGGGGACAGUGAGGUUUGGGGAAGCCUGGAUGGGAUGCGCCCCACGCUACAAAGACUUCCUGCGGUUGUAUCAUGAGGCACAGCAGCAGGGGACCAACCCCUGUCACGUGGACACUGCCUGAGCGUGUUACCUGCCCAUGCUUGGACGUAGGAAAAGUCCUCACUGGGUGGGGAGAGCUGAACCAAGUGUUCAUGCUAGAGAAAGAGACUGACAGACUGGCCCAGUGGCAGAGCCUCUCUCCUUUCCCGCUGUCUCGUGACUCUUUGGAGACAAAGAAUGGAGCUCCUGAAUGUUGCCAAGCAGCAUGCUGGAUGGACUCUGUACUCAAAGUUGAGCGUGAUGCAUCGUGGAAUGUGUUCUGACUGCCUUUCUCGCAGACGAGGAACUCCCAGGUUUUAAAUGUAGCAAACCCCAUUUGGUUUUUUUUAUGUGUAUAAAAUGUGAAUGAACAUUGUAUAUUUGGAAGCUCUGCGUGCUUUGUAAAAAGCUUGAUGUACAGUUCUGAAGUUAUUUCUUAUGACAGAAAUGUAAAAAGUGAAAGCCUCUUUAUUUUUAUUUUGUUUAAAAAAUUAUUUGCAAUUUAAUGCCUGAAAUCAUGUUGUGUUUUUUUUUUCAGGCUGUUCAAUUGUGUAAAAAAACAAAACAAAAAAAAAACAACCAAAAAAAGCGGAAUAUGUUUUUUUGCCCUUGAGAAUAAAAGCUUUUAUUCCCUGGAA